AUGGCCUACAAAGCCAUGAUGGCCAAGAAUCGCUGUCGCACCGACGGCGCACGGCCAAUCUACAUUUUAGACGGCCCGCUGGAGUUCCAUUGCGCGUGCUGGCUUCCCCUGAUGGGCCGCCUCGCCGACCUGAACCUCUUCAUCCCCCGCAUUCCACCACUGCCAGCAUUCGAGGAGCUGAUGCACCUGCAGCUGCACAUGAUGGACUUCAAGGGCGUGAAUGACCAACUACAGGGGCUGCAUUCCCUUGAGACCCUGCUGCUGUCCUGUGAGCACCUUGAGGCGGUGCUGCCCGAGCUGUGCUUGAGGGAAUUGGUAAGGCUGCGCCAUGUGCGCCUGGAUGAUGUCAUCCCUGAGAAGCUGUCCCUGCCGCCCUCCUGCCGCAUGGAUCUGAAAGGGGAAGCCUCCUUCAUGGAUGAGGUGAUUGGUCCUGAGUGGCAGGACGCCCUGAAGCAGCUGACAGCAUGCACCUGCACAUGGACCGUCACGCGCAAGACAGGGCUACGAGUGGUGAACGUGCAGGACCUACCAGAGUUUCUGUCCAUGACGGCAGGGAGCAUCCAGGAGCUGCGCCUCCAUGGAGUGGGGAUGCUGGACUUCUCAAAGGGCACGCAGCCCAUGCUGUUAGACCCACACAUCUUUUCAAGCCUGAAGGUUUUAUGGAUGAAGAGCGACAUGAACAUCCGGAUCAACAUACCACGAGACGUCCGCCUCACCAGCCUAGAAAUCUACGUUGACACGCUUGGCCUGUACUUUGAGGAUGCAGAUGCCACCUGCCUGGACCUGGCAAUUGUCAACAUCCUUCACCGGUCUCGAGGGCCAGUCAGGGGCCAGAUCGGCACAUUGCAGCUGCAGGAGGCUUUUGACAGGAAGGGCAUCAGCUUGAGCAGGAAGUACGUGGAUGAAGGGUCAAUCAGCAGCCAGGGGGAUGCGGCCCUAGAUGCAUGUAAGCUAGGGCUGUCUUACGUCGGCAUUUCUGAGAAUUCAGACCUUGAGUAUCACCUUGGCGUGUUCCGUGGAGCUCAGGCGGGCUGUCGCUGCAAGAUGUGCUGGGCCUGCCGGAAGUUGGGAAGUAUACCAAGAAGAUAG